AUGCAGCCUAAACCGAACAUGAUGCCCCCGUCCAUGGUGCCCAUGGGCAUGCCCGGCCCCGGCGCGCCAGGCAUGGUGCCGAUACACGGCCGCAUGCAGUACCAACUUCCGCCGGGAUACGAGCUGCAGCGGCUCCCGUACACGCCCGACCGCGGCUGGGGCGCGUGGGACCUCGCGAGCCACCACUACUCCGGCUCCCGCCUCGAGCGGACAUGGCUGAACGAGCUCAUCUCGCGCAUCUCCGAGUUCGUGGGCGCCCGCCAGCUGAGCGAGGACGCGGCAUACCAGUCCUUCGUGCGCGUGUACUACAAAGGCGACGGGGCGGACGCGGGCAACCGCUCGCUCGGCGGCGCCGCUGCGUACCAGGCUUACUUACUGUGGUGCCGCGACCAUUGGCCCGUGUACGCGCAGAACUCGCACGAGAGCAAUAUGAUGCUGAUUGCCGGCAUGGCUGUUGCGGAACUCCACCGCCUCUGGGACGUUGUUGAUCCCCGCUCGUCCCGCGCCAAACUCAGCACUGCGAGCGAGUACGCAGCCGCCACCGUCAGGUACCUUUACGACCGGCACUUUGUCCAGUCCCAGUAUGGCGCACAGCCCACCUUCCGCCCGCUGUACGCGCGUCGCCGCCGCGACUCGGACUCGAGCUCGGCCUCGUCCAACUCGCGCCGCGACCGCCGCCAUUCCCGCCGAUACGACGAGUUCAUACAGCCCCACCUGAUGAUGCAGCCCGGCAUGCAGCCUGGCGUUAUGCAGGCUGGCGUUAUGCAGCCCGGUAUGCAGCCCGGCGUCAUGCAGUCUGGGAUGAUAUCCGGCGUCCCCAUGCAGCCCGGCAUGCAGCCGGGCAUGCAGUACGCAUACGCGCAGCCGUACGCCGCAUGCUCGUACCAGUGUGCUCCGGUCUAUGCGGGCUACGUCCAGCCGGCGUAUGUCGCCCAAGCCGGUGCACAGGGAUAUUACCCCGUCACGGCGGGUGGCGCGUACUAUGCCGGGGUGGACCCCAAUGUGUACCGUGAUCCCAAUCAGGUCCAGUACGCGCAGGGGUACUAUUCGCCGCAGGCGUACGGCUAUCCCCAGCAGGGCUAUCGCUACUAUUAG